GCUCAGUGUGCAAUACAAAGAUGACGUAACGCUAGAUUGUUACUAGGCCUCUCUGUAGCCUUGACUCUUGCUCUUAGAUGACUCACACUUGCUCUAAACCUUUACUUAUUGGACCAUCAAUUUUAAAUGCAGACUUGUCCAAACUAGCUGAUGUCUGUGAAAAUCUACUCAAUUCUGGUGCUGACUACUUGCACCUUGAUGUGAUGGACGGGCACUUUGUACCUAAUAUUACAAUCGGACAUCCCGUUGUAGCUUCUUUAAAACCACAUCUUCCACCUCAAACAUUCCUUGAUUUGCAUAUGAUGGUAUCGAAUCCAGAAAAGUGGAUUGAAAAUAUGAAAUCAGCUGGUGCAACUCAGUAUACAUUCCAUUUUGAAUCAACUGAUAAUGUUACAAAUUGUAUUCAUAAAAUACGUGAAGCAGAUAUGAGGGUUGGUCUUGGCAUUAAGCCGAAGACACCAGUAACUGAAGUAUUACCUUAUGUUGACCUAGUCGAUAUGAUUUUAGUGAUGACUGUUGAACCAGGUUUCGGUGGACAAAAAUUUAUGACAGAUAUGCUACCAAAGGUUAUGUAUCUUCGUGAAAGAUAUGCAAAUUUAGAUAUUGAAGUUGAUGGUGGAGUUAAUUUAAAAAAUAUUCGAGACUGUUUUCAAGCUGGAGCAAAUAUGAUUGUCUCUGGAACUGAAAUAACAAGCAGCGAAAAUCCUGCCAGUGUAAUCCAAAUGAUGCGAUCUAACGCUGGUCAGCUGCUGUCGAAUUAAUUCAACGAAUUAAAUGUCAACCUUCCUGCUACCACCACCACUACGGCCUUCGUCUUAUUUUUAUUUCCGAAUUAGUGAAUGAAUUUUGUUUUUAUAUUAUAACUUUUAUUUAGCAAAUAUAAAUAUACAUAUCUCGGGGAGGAGGAGGGCGGAGGAUCAAGGCAGAAGGAAGGGAAGGGGAUAAAGUGUCACGUAUAUAAUGUGUCGUAUUGCUCGUAAAUUGUGUGCUCUCCACUGAGAAUAUGCUCGACGUGCUGUAUUCUUAAUUGUUUCAUUAGUACUUAUAACAACACACGAACGAUAUUUUAAAUCCACUUGACUUCGUUAACUUAAUCGAAAUGAUUGACGCCACCAUAUCUGUGACCAAUUUUUUCCCAUUGGGAUUGUGCAUUACUACUCCAUGCCAAAAAGCUAUCGACUCUUUCGCUUUCCAAGGCAGUUUAAAUGAUGAUGCGCUUUCCAUUUCGUAUAGUUAUUAUUACGU